UGUGUUUUCUGCACAGAUCGAGCCAAGCCUCACAAUCCUACAUUUACCAAAGCAAGUGGCUGAUAAAUUUACUGUGAUGUUGCUGUUUCCAGACCUCCCUGUCUGCAGUGUAGCCUUCACACGGCUCUGAUGGCAGAGUGGGACAGGUGGACUGAGCUGGAGGAGGAACCCCACAUCUACUGUUUGGGACAAUUCGAACCGCAGUAGACAACAAAAAAAAAAAAAAAGAAAGAAAGAAAAAGGGUGGAACAGAGUCAGUUCAGAGCUUAGGUCUCGCUGUGUCCACCCACCCCCUCGUUACUCUCUCCCAUGCACACUCACUUGCAUACAUUCCCCUUCCCCAUUUGUGUCCUCCGCUCUCCGAUGCUGGUGUGGUGAGCAGCAGAGCACUCUCGGCUGAGCUGCAUGGAGGCACAGGGAGGGGCAGGGAGCCCAGAGCCCAACAAAGACAUCCAGAAGCUGCUGAAGCCGUCCAGCUCAGGUGACCUGUCCAAGGAGCUGUUCCAGCACCCAUCAGGGGAAGGAGAGGGCAGCCUGUCGGGCCACACUGCCAGCCUGCUGCACAUCAACGAGAAGAGACAACCUCUGAGCAGUGUGUCGUCCCUGGAGGUCCACUUUGACCUGUUGGAUCUGACUGAGCUGACUGACAUGUCUGACCAGGAACUGGCGGAAGUCUUCGCUGACUCUGAUGAGGAAAACCACAGAGAGUCCCCAGCAGGUUCCCACCAGCCUGUGCUGCCCAGGAGCGGCUACAUGCGCUCGCCCUCAUGGACGCGCUGCAGGAAAGCGGAGCUCCCGCGUGAGAGAAAGCAUCACAGCGACUCAGACACAGCCGAGCCCUUAAUGAAGCUAGAGAGACCGAAGCAUCCGUAAAGCUCAACCCGAAACGACUGGCCCGCAAAGAGAAAGAGAGAGAGACAGAUUCAUCUCAGAGCCUGUUGGACAGACACAAUGGUGAAACCAAGCCACCAUGACGCCUCCAUCUGCCACUGUGCACUCAUGUGACGUCCCACAGUGCUGGCAUGUUCAGGCUCAACUCCAGAGACUCUGCUCUCUACUCUAAAAGAAAACGAUAACAUGCAAUAGUCCCACUGUUCCUGCUCUCUUCUCCCUCUAACACAAGAAGGCCUGUGCAGUCAUCAUGUUUUUUAACAACGGAGGGUUCUUGUUGCACUCUGGCCUGCCAGAUGAUUUAAAUGUAGUUUUUUUUUCUUUUUCUUUAGAAAGACAGGGUAUGAGGUCAACAGAGUAUCAGCACCUUUGUCCUUACAGCACCUCAGGGUGGGCCAGCAAAAGGAGAUUGGCAAUAAAAGUCAAAACCACAGCGAUGGCAGACCCUGAGACAUUAACCGCAACAUUAAUUAAAACGUCGCAGAUGCUUAUUGAGACUUACUAUGUUUGCUGUUAAUGCAUCAGGGGGUUUCUGCUGCCUCUGAAGUAAACAAAGGUAGCCUUAACAGAGGAUGUGUGGGGCGACUCUCUCCAUCUUUACCAGAAAUGUGUCUCUGAAUGCAAAAUGCCC